AUGUCGUAUGCAACUCAGUUUCACACUAACAUCACUGUUGAAUUACAGUAUCAAGGAUUAUUGGAAAGAGCGAUUAUUACCACUCUGACUACAGUACUAUGCUGUGUGUUUCUCUUCAUUAAUGGGACCAUGUUAUUCACCCUGAGGAGUAAACCAGUGUUUUAUGAGACCUCCCGUUACAUUCUUCUGUAUAACCUACUUUUAGCAGACACUGCACAGCUGGUACAAAGUCAGGUACUGUAUCUACUGGCUGCAUAUAGAAUAAAAUUAACGUAUCCUGUGUGUGGGUUUCUCAGCCUUUUUGCCAAUCUUGUAACUGUGGUCUCUCCUCUCACCCUGGUUGUGAUGUCUCUGGAGAGAUAUGUAGCUGUGUGCUACCCACUGAGGCAUGCUACCAUCAUCACCAUUAGAAGCACAGGGGUGGCCAUCAUUGUGGUUUGGGCCUUCAGUUCACUAAGUCUCCUCAUUCGAAUUUUUUUACUAUUAAAUUUUCCAUUUGACGAGUUGGACAGCCUGCUGAUGAAUGACUUUUGCUCUGCUGUAGCUAUGUUGCUUGGGCCCUUAGCUGAUGAUUAUGAUCAAGCCUACACUUGUAUUCUGUUUGUUUCAGCAGGUGUUGCAAUCAUUUCCUCCUAUAUCGGUGUGAUGGUAGCAGCCAGGUCAGCUUCUGCAGACAAAGCUUCAGCACAAAAGGCUCGUAACACACUGUUGCUGCAUCUGGUGCAGCUGGGCCUCAGUCUCUUCUCAACCAUGUUCAAUCCAUUACUGGCAGGUCUUUCGAGAAUAUUAUCAAGAAUAGUAUUAGUACGCAUUGUUAAUUUUUUCUAUGUGUGUAUUGUCAUCUCCCCCAGAUGUCUGAGUGCUCUCAUUUAUGGGCUCAGAGAUCAGACCAUUAAGCCCAUUCUCAUGUACUAUCUCUGCUGUCGACCCAGCCAAGGCUGA